AUUGCUAAUUUUCACCACCGACAACAGAACCCUAGAGUGCUGCGACGCCUGAAAGAAUCGAAUUGGCAAUGGCGGAAGAAGAACAGGAGCAAGGGGAAGAAGGAAUAAAAGAUGGUUGUUCAAUGAGUGAGCCGAGCUCGGCUGCGGCGGUGGCCAGCAUUUGCCGGAAGGAAAAAAGGAAGGCGUCGAAGAAGGAGAAGAGGAAGCAGAAGAGGAAGGAGGCAGCAGAGAAGGAGCGGCAAGAAGAGGAAGCUCGACUAAACGAUCCUGAGGAGCAGCUCCGUCUUCAGCUCGAAGAGGAGAGAGAGAGGGAGAGGGUAGAAAGGGAAAGGAGAGAAUUCGAGGAGAGAGAACGGCUGUUCCUUGAAGCCUUGGCUCGGAAAAAGGCUCAGGAAGAAGAAGAAGAGGAGCAAAGAAGAAUAAUGACAGAAGAAGAACUAAAAUUAAAAGAGAAUCAGGUUGGACUUGAGACUGAGGCAAAUGGUGAAGACGAGUGGGAAUAUAUAGAGGACGGCCUUCCAGAAAUUAUUUGGCAGGGAAAUGAGAUAAUUGUCAAGAAGAAUAAAGUCAAAAUGAAAAAGAAGGAUGCUGAACAGAAAUGGGAAGAGGAUCCUGAUAGACCAACAUCAAAUCCUCUUCCUCCGCAAUCUGAAGCUUUUGCUGAUUUCAAGAGUUCAUCAACCGUAUCAGCUCAACAGUUGUUGGAGAAUGUUGCUCAGCAAAUUCCAAACUUUGGGACUGAACAGGACAAAGCCCAUUGUCCAUUCCACCUGAAAACAGGGGCCUGUCGUUUUGGGUCUCGAUGCAGCAGAGUUCACUUUUACCCUGAAAUAUCUUGUACGUUGCUCAUCAAGAAUAUGUACAAUGGACCUGGCCUUGCCUGGGAGCACGACGAGGGGCUUGAGUAUACUGAGGAGGAGGUUGAGCGUUCUUAUGAAGAAUUUUAUGAGGAUGUGCAUACAGAGUUUCUGAAAUUUGGAGAAAUAGUUAACUUCAAGGUUUGCAGGAAUGGUUCAUAUCAUUUGCGAGGGAAUGCCUACGUACACUACCGAGAGUUGGAUUCUGCAGUUCUUGCCCGCCGUUUUAUCAAUGGCCGUUAUUUUGCUGGCAAACAGGUGAAUUGUGAGUUUGUUGGUGUAACAAGAUGGAAAGUUGCCAUUUGCGGAGAGUAUAUGAAGUCAAAGCUCAAGACAUGUUCUCGUGGGACUGCAUGUAAUUUCAUUCAUUGUUUCCGCAAUCCUGGUGGAGAUUAUGAGUGGGCUGAUUGGGAGAAACCACCCCCAAAGUAUUGGGUGAAAAGGAUGGCUGCUUUGUUUGGUUAUUCACAUGAGUCUGGGUAUGACAAAUGGGUUGAACAAGAAACCAAAGGACAACGUAGGAACUCCAGCAAAAGUUUGAUAGCUGAUGAAGAAAGAUACCGCUCUCAAAGAUCUUUGUCUAGAGAAAUAAAAUCUUCAAACUGUAGUCCAAGAGAUAAUUACAAAGAAGACAAGUUUAGGAGUAAAUAUAGCAAAAGGUACAGGAGUGAUGACACAAAGAGGCUGGAGGUUCCUGAUGAAAGAGAAUAUGAAGAGGAAAGACAAUCCCGAAGCCAUCAGCGUGGCAAGAGAAGACAAUAUGAGAGGGAAUUCGAUAGAGCUUGGUUGGAUGAAGAAAAAGAUGCUGAUGGGUACUAUUACAGCACAAGAAACACAAGAGAAAGCUCCAGAAGCCCCUUUAGGAGAAGGUCACAAUCACAUGAUUGUCUAGAAAUUGACAAGCGCAAAAUUCCAGAAAAGAUCUCAAGAAAAAAUCAUGCGUUAUCUGGAACUGCAAAUGAUAGUGAUUGCAAUAAGGAAGCAUCCGCUUGUACUGAUUCUGGCCGGGACUUUUCACACGAGAAUAAAGACUGUAUAUCCUCACGAGACCUUUUGUAUAGGAGGGGAGCCUCAGAUAGUGAUUCCGCUGGAGACUGGUCCGAUUGGAUCAUAGAGAGUCGCCGUGUGCAAACAAGAAAAUCAUCGGCACGUGUAGAUGAAGCUGCAGGAUUUUCUAGUGAUCUCCAGGAAUCAGGGAAAAGUUUACAUGACAAGUAUGACGAGAAUGGAUCUGAACAUGCUAAACCCAAUCUUCACAGAGGCUGGAGACGUACUAGCUCUUGUAAAAGGAAGACCAGAGGAGACGAUUAUUCUGAUGAGGACGAGGAUAGUGACACAAGAGGCCACCGUGAAAUUGACAAAGAUGAUACAAGAGAACACCAUAGGCAUAACCAUUCGAGUAGAAAGACCAGAAAAGCUGAUUAUGCUGAUGAGAACAUUGACGAAAGAGGCCACUGGGAAACUGAAAAAGUUGAUUCAAGAGAACACCACAAACACAACCGUUCUGGUAGAAAGACCAGCAAAGCUGAUUACGCUGAUAAGCACGAUGAGGACAUUGACAAAAGAGGCUGCUGGGAACCUGAAAUGGUUGAUGCGAGAGAAUACCAUAAGCAUAACCAUUCAAGUAGAAAAACCAGAAAAUGUGAUUAUGCUGGUGAGCAUCAUGAGGACAUUGACAAAGGAGGCCACUGGGAACCUGAAAAACUCGAUACAAGAGAGCACCAUGAACAUAGAAGAAAAUUUCAUGGCAGGUCUGGGUCACAUGAUCAGAAUGUUGACAAGCACUCUAGAAAGAGCAGGUCAAGCAACCAGAAAAGGAAAUCUUAUUCGAGGGAGAGGGACUGAUGAAAAUUUGGACUAAUCUCGAAAGGAUGGCAUGGUUGUUGAAGCUAAUGGCAAGGUGAUCCAUGCAAAGGAAGACGAGAUUACCAGUUCAUACCCAGGCUUUGAACAUCUUCAAGACAGUAUUGUCUGUGGUCCUGCGGGAAGCUCAAUUUUUGGGAUAAAUGAAGAUAUUCUAAGUCCAUACUACCCACGUUGACCCUUCAAUAUAGGGCCAUUGGCUUCAGAACCUCCUCUCUCUUAUGCUGGUAGUGGGAGGCUUCAAGAACUUGUCAAUGUAGAUGUCAUGCAAGCGGCCUGGCCUGUUGGUCACUAGUUUUGAUGCAAAGUUUAUUCUCUUCGAGUUAGAAUCUGUACGGAUGCUUAUAUCCUCUAACCUACAAAUAUUUG